AUGAACUCUUCCUGCUGCUUGUCCUCUGCUUAUCCAGUGCGGCCCAACCUCUCAGAGCACCCUGCAGCCCCUCCUGCCAGCAACCGGAGUGGCAGUGGGUUCUGCGAGCAGGUCUUCAUCAAGCCAGAGGUCUUCCUGGCGCUGGGCAUCGUCAGCCUGAUGGAAAACGUCCUGGUGAUCCUGGCUGUGGUCAGGAAUGGCAACCUGCACUCUCCCAUGUACUUCUUCCUGUGCAGCCUGGCUGCAGCCGACAUGCUGGUGAGCCUGUCCAACUCCCUGGAGACCAUCAUGAUCGCCGUGAUCAACAGCGACUCCCUGACCUUGGAGGACCAGUUCAUCCAGCACAUGGACAACAUCUUCGACUCUAUGAUCUGCAUCUCCCUGGUGGCCUCCAUCUGCAACCUCCUGGCCAUCGCUGUGGACAGGUACGUCACCAUCUUCUAUGCCCUUCGAUACCACAGCAUCAUGACGGUGAGGAAAACCCUCACCUUGAUCGGGGUCAUCUGGGUCUGCUGUGGCAUCUGCGGCGUGAUGUUCAUCAUCUACUCCGAGAGCAAGAUGGUCAUCGUGUGUCUCAUCACCAUGUUCUUCGCCAUGGUGCUCCUCAUGGGCACCCUGUACAUCCACAUGUUUCUCUUUGCCAGGCUGCAUGUCCAGCGCAUCGCGGCGCUGCCCCCUGCUGACGGGGUGGCCCCACAGCAGCGCUCCUGCAUGAAAGGAGCUGUCACCAUUACCAUCCUGCUGGGCGUUUUCAUCUUCUGCUGGGCACCUUUCUUCCUCCACCUGGUCCUCAUCAUCACCUGCCCCACCAACCCCUACUGCAUCUGCUACACGGCCCAUUUCAACACCUACCUGGUUCUCAUCAUGUGCAACUCUGUCAUCGACCCCCUCAUCUACGCCUUCCGCAGCCUGGAGCUGCGGAACACCUUCAAGGAGAUUCUCUGUGGCUGCAACGGCGUGAACUUGGGCUAG